AUGUAUGUGUAUGGUCUGGAGUGCUAUGUCUGCAGGAAUCAGGAGAACAAUAGAGACAAAUGCAUAGAAACCGUCAAAACGUGUGAUUUGGCCGAAGACCGGUGUCUGUCGGAAGUCCGUUGGGGCAGCACCCCCUAUUGGGCGCCCACCGGAGAGAAACAGUUUUAUAUAUCCAAACGAUGCGCUUCUAAAGAUAUGCGACCAAUCGUUCAGAAAUGUGAGCAAAAGGUGUGACAGAAUCUGGUAUAACGACUGGGAGUGUGUCGAGUGCUGUAAUGGUGAUCGUUGUAACUAUUAUAUCACUUUAGCGUCAAAUCACUUAAUACCCGGAUAUAUAACGAUAUGCUUAUCACUAGUUUUGGCGUUUUUAUUGAUUCAUUAAAGCAUUCAUUAUAACUAAAUCACAAUAUUAGACACAAUCGGUUGAAUCUCAAACACCAUGAAUGACCACAACUUUAUAUUUUAUACUAAUAUUUUAUUUAUAAUAAUUUGUAAAUACAUUUGUAAACCAUAAGAUAUCGACUUUUUAUACACAC